AUGGCAGCCCAACCACCUUCCCUCCAAUACGUUCGCGACGGCGGAUCGACGUCACAGCAGCUCACAUACCCCGCUCAUCCGUAUGACGAGGAAGAUCACGAUUAUGAUCACGACGCCGACAUGCACGACGAACUCGACGAGGAAGAUGUCGAGGGAGUUGCAGCAUUCCAAUUCUGGACAGCCAAACGUCAUAUGGGCCGGAAAGGCAAGAGCAAGGCCGAUGAUGAAACAGCUCUGCCCUGGCGGUUGCGUUCUCGUCUGAAGACUGUCAACGCUGGAUUGUUUCUGUGUCUGAACAUUGGCGUCGACCCUCCCGACAUCGUCAAGACCAACCCAUGCGCCAAGACUGAGUGUUGGGUUGACCCUACGACGCUACCGUCUAACAAGGCUAUCGAGGCGAUCGGCAGAAAUCUCCAGCAGCAGUAUGAGACUCUGAACCCCAAGGUUCGCUACAAGGUCUGCCUGGAUCCGUCAAUUGAGGAGACCAAGAAGGUGUGCGUGAAUCUCCGGAAGAACGCUCGCGACGAACGAACAUUAUUCUAUUACAACGGACACGGCGUGCCCAAACCCACUAACGGUGGAGAGAUUUGGGUGUUCAACAAGAUUUGGUCGACCUCCAAGAAUGGCUCGGCAAGUGCCAGGCGGAGAGACGAGGAGCUGAGACAAGCCCAUGCCGCGCAGGGCCACGACAUGCCUGGCUCGCUCUUCUCUGAGUCAAUACACCUGGCCCCCUGUGCCGCCAACCAGGUGCUGCCCAUGUCGCCUGACCUCCCAGCCGACCUGUUCACAUGCUGUCUGACAUCCCCGAUCGAGACGGCGCUGCGGUUCUUCGUGCAGCAGGACCCUUUAAAGCGCAACAUCAACAGCGGCAGCGACGACCCGCGCUCUCGCUUGACAGUCGACAUGGUCAUGCGCAUUCCCGGUGACCUCAAGGACCGAAGGACGCCGCUUGGUGAGCUCCAGUGGAUCUUCACUGCAGUCACAGACACUAUCGCCUGGCUCUCUUUCCCGCGUGACACGUUUAUGAGACUGUUCCGUCAAGACUUGCUGGUCGCCGCUCUGUUCCGAAACUUCCUCCUCGCCCAGAGGAUCAUGACGACGUAUCACUGCACGCCCAUGUCUCAUCCGGAACUGCCGUCGACACACAACCACCCACUGUGGGAUUCUUGGGACCUCGCCGUCGAUGGCUGUUUGGCCCAGCUGCCUGAGCUGCUCGACCUCGAGCAAGCCCGCGAGAACGGUCUGUCCACGGCACCGCCGCUUAGCACCUACCGGCCGUCGCUGUUCUUCGCACAGCACCUGCAAGCGUUCGAGGUAUGGCUGCAGCACGGUGGAGGAUCGGCACAGAACAAGCUUUCCCGCUCGGCGCCUCAGAAGGAGCCAGAACAGCUCCCGAUCGUUCUACAGGUUCUUCUGUCACAAGCGCAUAGACUGCGAGCACUGAUCCUGCUGUCCCAGUUUGUCGAUCUCGGUCCGUGGGCUGUCAACAUGGCCCUUUCGAUCGGCAUCUUCCCUUACGUUCAGAAGCUCCUGCAAUCACCAGCGGCGGAGCUCAAGCCUGUGCUCAUUUUCAUCUGGGCGCGUAUUUUAGCCGUGGACAAGUCGUGCCAGAUGGAUCUUCUGAAGGAGAACGGUUACAACUACUUCGCCCAGAUCCUCGCGCCGUACCCCGUGUCGGGGCAACCUCUCGUCAUUCCGAACGCCAACGAGCACAGGGCCAUGUGUGCCUUCAUCCUUGCGAUGCUGUGUCGCAAUUUCCGUGCGGGACAAUCAGCAUGCUUGUCGUACCAGGUUUUCGAUCACUGCCUCGCCCGACUGCAGGAGGACGACUGGUUGCUUCGCACUUGGUGCCUUCUGUGCAUUGCGCAGAUGUGGGCAGACAACGACGAGGGCAAAGCGAUGUGUAUGGUGCACGGAAGGCAGGAGAUCAUGAUGGCCGCCUUACGGAAUACGUCUGUCGAGGUGCGCGCCGCCGCCCUGUACGCAUUCGGUACCUUCCUCGGCGCCUCCAGCGCGCCCGUCGACUCGCAAGAGUUCAAGGGAGGUGGCGGCAUGGGUGCCCAGCUGGGUAUCUCCGAGCACCAGCAGCUGGAAGUUGAGGCUGGAUUAGCCUAUGCGUGUAUGAUGACGGUCAAGGAGGACGCGAGCCCGAUGGUACGCAAGGAGCUGGUCGUCGUUAUCUCGUGCAUCGUUCGAGAAUGGCGGGGAUGGUUCGUUGCGGCCGCCUGGUGCUACUACGAGCAGGAGGCUGCCCUUGCUGGUUCCAGCGCUGGCUCUGACGACGAUCCCGACAUCGUUUCGGAAGCUCUCGAGCAGUGGGUGUCGAACGACCAGGUUUAUCCCGAAGCGCAUCAGGUCAACCUCACGCUCCUCAGCUCCUUCAAGACGCUCUUUGAGACCAUCCUUGACCUUUCAGUUGAUCCUCAUCCGGAAGUCGCUGGCAUGGCGUCCACUGUUGUCGACUAUGUCGUCGCGCUUCUCCUCGGGUCGGCCUUCAACCGGGUUCCUGGGACCGCUAUCAGAUCGAUGAACAGGCCGCGAGUCGGAGUACGAUUCCCGCAACCGGCCGCCCCCGUUGACCAGCGCGCGCCGGCGUCACCGGCCAACGCCAAGCAUGACCAGGCAUCGAUGAAUUCGAGUAACGGUAGCGGAGGCUUGAAACGUAAUUCUUCCGUCGCUGGGGCUCUGCGAAGCCUGGCUAGCAUGACUGGCUUCCUCACCCCUGACACGCCCGAGCCUCCGCAAACGCCAGUGGAGCCGGUUACUCGCACCGAUGUCGAGCAAGCACAGACAGGCGCGUCCUUUUACAAAUCGCCCUAUCCGGAUGCCGGUCAUGAGCGCGUUCUUCCCGAGGGAAUGUCCCGAUCCGGGAACACGCUCGGUACCCAGGUCAAUCACGGCAUUGAUCCCUCACCGGUUCAGGCCGUCUCGGUUAUUGAGGCGCUCGUCGAGGAGGACAUGGAGCGGCUGCGACACCGCCGCCUGCGUGGAUCGCAGGCUGGUGGCGACGCUGACGGACGCCUGGCGAACAACGGAUUAGCGCGGCCGUCUGAUCUCGGCUUGGGCAUGGUCGCCGCUGAGGUCAAGGACGACGUGCUGCCGCUCCGCUCUGGAUUCUUUGACUGGGCUGUCGAGUACUUCCGCGAGCCUCAGAUGAAGGCGCCGGACAACGAGGAGCCAGGCUCAGUGACGUACAACCAGCAGGCGUGGCGCCAUGUUCGCAACGAGGCUCAGAUUGAACGGUCAAGAGUCAACGAAGAGUACGCCGCUCGCAAUCGCUGGGACGCGGACGCAGGUACGCUCCACAACGACGCCUGGCCGUUGCAGCUGGCCUUCCACGCCCACGACCCUAUUUUAGCAGUCACGGAUGAUGAGGACAAGAUUUGCAUCUGGGACUGGCAGGCUCGCACUAAGAUGAACAAGUUCUCGAAUCAAAAUCUCCCGGGCUCGUCGAUCUCAAGUGUGCACUUCAUCAACGAGACAGCGUCAAGUCUGAUGCUGACUGCAUCGACCGAGGGCAGUAUCCGCAUCUGGCGUGACUACGACCAGCCGGGAGAAACCGCGCUCGCGUCGACGUUCCGCGCGGUCAGCGAUAUUUUCCCCGUUGGUCACCACAGCGGUGUUCUGACAGCGUGGGAGCAACAAAAAGGUCACCUCCUUGUCGGUGGCGACAUGCGCGUCGUGCGACUCUGGGACGCCACUGUCGAGCGACACAUUCGCGACAUUGCCACGCAAGCCGGCGCAAACCUCACCGCGAUCAGCGCGGACGAGCCUGACGGAAACGUCUUCGUGGCUGGCUUCGGUGACGGUGUCGUGCGUCUCUUCGACAAGCGUAUGGAGGACGGUAGCAACGUUGUCCUGCGAACAUGGCGAAAGCACCACACAUGGAUCCAGAGCGUGCACCUGCAGCGCGGCGGGCAUCGCGAGCUCGUGACAGGCAGUAUGAACGGCGACGUGCGAAUCUGGGAUGUGCGUGCUCCGGACACACCGCUGUACGAGCACAGCGUGCAGCCGCAGGGUCUGCAGGCGUUGGCGGUACACAGCGGAGCGCCCGUGUUUGCAACAACCUCGGCGCCGACAAGCCGCGCAACGCGGCAGCGUCUCGUCGUGCAAGGGUUCCAAAAUCCGGAGAAGCCCAAGCGCCUUUCGGCCAUCGACAUUACGCUCGCGCCCUCGUACGGCGUCCCGAGCCGUGCGGGUACGAUGCCCAGCGCAGCGAGUCUCGUGUUCCAUCCCGUCGAAAUGGUCCUCGCCGCCGGCGGGUACGACUCGUCGGGCAACGUGCGCAUGUUCAAGUGCCGUGUCCCAGAGGGCCCACACUACGAUGACGAGCCGCGCUCGAACGGCAUCGUGCAGCACUUUUAG